CACAAAAUGUCCAGCGAUUCCAGCAGCGACAGCAGUACAAGCUCUGAGGAUCACAGACGCAAGCGAAAAAUAAAAAAACAUGACAAAGAUGUGGGGAAAAAGCACAAGAAGUCGAAGAAGGCGAAACGCGACAAACGCCACAAAGAAAAAGAGGAGCCGAAAGAUGAGCCAAAAGUGCAGCCAACAGUUCCUGCUCCUCCUCGACAACUAGCGGAGGCUGUAGACAAUGAUGAUGCCUUUGGACCUGCAUUGCCACCACAUUUGUUGAAGCAACCACAAGCGGCUCCAAUGAUUGGUCCUGUGAUGCCUAGCAACAUUGCUGAAAACACCAAUGCUGAAAGUGUUGUUACUGAUCAUCCCAAUGAUGAACCCGAUGAUGAUGAUCAGUGUGGCACCUUUGGUCCCUUGCCAAAUGCCACACAAGUCGAGCUAGAGGAACGUGCGCUGACUUUAAAGCUGGCCGCAUUACAGGGCGAUUCCUUGAAUGCCACAGCAACAGAUCAAGAUGUGCGCGAAGAGUGGAUGUUAGAGCUGCCUGAGGUGGGACUCAAAGGUGGCCUGGCAGCACUCAACAAUAUGAAGCGCACCUUUUACCAGGGUAAAGAGCGACCAGACUUUAGUGAUCGCAGUUCCUGGACCAAGACGCCCCAAAGUGCUGCAGCGGCUGCGGGUCCCAAACCUUGCAGCUCCAAGGACAUGGAGCAGGCGGCGCAGGCCAAGUACGAGCGUCAACGUGACGAGGAACAGGAGCAGAUAGCCAAAAAGCAUAAAAAGAAGCACAAACGUGACGAGUCGCUUGUGGAGCUGCACCAGAAGAAACUGCGCAAGGAGCAGCGUGAAAGGGAAAAGGAACUCGCCGCAGCUGGAGCGAAGCCAGAGCGUCGUCCAUUUAGUCGCGAUGUGGAUCUGAAGCUUAACAAGAUUGACAAGAAUCAAACCAAAUCGAUUGUGGACAAGGCCAAGAUAUUAAACACAAAGUUUUCGAGUGGACAAGCCAAGUACCUAUAA